AUACGGGGUGAGGGUUGGCAGGCUGCUCCCGUGAUUGAUGCUUCCUUGGCUCAAUGAGAGGCAGCUCAGCUUGGGGCGGGCUUUCUCCUCUGAGCCAGGCUGCUCUGCGGCGGCGAGGACAGGGCAGGCAGUCAGUCAGUCAGUCAGUCAGCUUGCCUACCUUUGUGCGAGGGGUUGGUGUAAAUGUGCUGGAGUUGCUGCCGCUUCUGACACCGAGUAAGUGAGACACAGCAAGAGAAAGGGAGAAUCCCAGCCACGUAAGUAGCUAUUGAUACAUGGUGGGGAGAUGAUGCCUUGCUGAAAGGGAUUGGCUCGGCCAUCCCUUUCCUCCCCCCCUCCUUCUACCUCUAGGAAAAAAGAUCGACGUCGGAAAUAAUUGAUUAGAGAGAGAUAUAUGUAUACGCAUAUAUAUAUUUAAAGUGGCUGCAUUUCCCCUCUUCGCUCUCGUCCUUCGCAUCUCAGGACUCUUAAGGAGGAACAAAGAGGAAACCGUCAAGAGGAGGGCUCCUUUCUGCAGCAUUGUUAUUUUUUUUUGUCUUAAAUGUUGCUUUUAAAAAUCAUUAUUGUUAUUGCUUGUGCAUUGCACUCAAAGAUUUGCUAAAAAGCGAAGGAAGGAAGGGGGAAAAUCCACCCCACGCGCAAUGGAAGAGCAUUGAUCAGUUCUUGUCCUUGAUUGCACUUUUUGUCUGAUCAAAGGGAGCACACACACACGCAAACCAUCGUUGCUGCGCGUGGAUUUUUGUGCAUCUCUCUUCCCUGUGGUGACUGUGCCUUUCAUUUUAAGAACAUUUUCCCUCCAGCAAAAAGAAAAACGAAUUUGGGUGAAGGAGGACAAUCGAUGACCAAAUUGUGUGUGUGUGGAUAUAUAUAUAUAUAUAUUCAUAGGUGUGUAUCUAUAUCUAUAUAUUAUGUAAGUCCCCUUUUUUCUUUUUGGCGGUGGAGCUUUUUGCUGACCCUCUGAAGUUAAAUGCUCCCUCGCUAUUUUUUUUUCAUUUCUGGAUAGCCCUUGCUGUCAGGAAAAAGGUUCAGACGCCAUCUACAGUUCAAACGUAGGGGGAAAAAUCCCCCGUUUAUUGAAAAAGCAAGGCAAGGAAAGAGGGGGAGCCAUUCGUCUUGUUGCAGCAUAUUACCUAAACUUAAUACUUUUCAAAUCGCGCGAGUGUUUUGAAGGAGGGGUUAGGAAACCAAAUACCGAUAACAAAUCUCAUCGUCGUUCUCUUUUUCCGUUUCUUCCCCCCAUAAAAAAUACGGUCGUGUUUCUUGAGAGGCCACGUUUUGCACACACGCACGGUUUUGUUUUGUUCCCCAAUUGGUGUCACUUUGUCCUUGGAGCAAACGCUACCCGACGUGCCGGGCUUCGCUGGGAACAGAUCCUUUUCGAUUGAUCGCGCGCUCUCCUGCCUCCCCGCCCCCCGCUCCGUGCUCGAUCAAGCGGACUGUAAUCCCACGUAAGCCUGCCCUCCAAGCACCCUUUUCGACGACAGUACAAAGGCAUUGUUGCGGCUUCCUCUGUGGCAAGCUACUGGUCUUCGGAGAAGCCCCCAAGGGUUCUGUGGGUCCCCGUUUGUCUGUCUGGCCGUGAGCGUCCGUUGGGGGCUUUUUGGAGGGGUUGCGCUCUCCAUCCCCAUGAACAUACAAAGGUCAACCCCAAUCACAAUAGCACGAUAUGGAAGACCUCGGAAUAAAACCCAGGAUUUUGAAGAGCUCUCGUCUGUAAGACCCACCGAGUCCAGCCAGAGUUUUAGCCCCAACCUUGGCUCGCCGAGCCCGCCAGAGACUCCCAACUUGUCGCAUUGCGUUUCUUGCAUCGGGAAAUACUUAUUGUUGGAGCCUCUGGAAGGAGACCACAUCUUUCGAGCUGUACAUCUGCACAGCGAGGAGGAGCUGGUUUGCAAGGUGUUUGAUAUUGGCUGUUACCAAGAAUUGCUCGCACCCUGUUUUUGCCUGCCUCCUCACGACAACAUCAACCAGAUUACUGAAAUAAUUCUUGGGGAGACCAAAGCAUAUGUGUUCUUUGAGAGGAGCUAUGGCGACAUGCAUUCCUUUGUCCGUACCUGCAAGAAGCUGAAGGAGGAGGAAGCUGCCAAACUGUUCUAUCAGAUAGCAUCUGCUGUAGCACACUGUCACGAUGGCGGACUGGUACUGCGGGAUCUCAAGCUGCGGAAAUUCAUCUUCAAGGAUGAAGAAAGGACUAGAGUUAAGUUGGAGAGCCUUGAAGAUGCUUACAUUUUGCGUGGAAAUGACGACUCGCUUUCUGAUAAACAUGGGUGCCCAGCCUAUGUAAGCCCAGAGAUCUUGAACACAAAUGGCAGCUACUCUGGCAAGGCAGCAGAUGUGUGGAGUCUAGGAGUCAUGCUUUACACAAUGCUAGUUGGACGCUAUCCUUUUCAUGACAUUGAGCCUAGUUCUCUCUUCAGCAAGAUCCGCCGUGGGCAGUUCAGCAUUCCAGAGACUUUAUCCCCCAAGGCAAAAUGCCUUAUACGUAGCAUCCUGCGCCGGGAGCCCUCAGAAAGGCUGACUUCACAGGAAAUUCUGGACCAUCCUUGGUUUUCUACAGAUUUUAAUGUGUCUAAUUCAGGAUACGGUGCUAAGGAAGUAACAGAUCAGCUGGUGCCUGACGUCAAUAUGGAAGAGGACUCGGACCCGUUCUUUAACUGAGCAUUGGGACUAGAGUUUGGGUGGUGCAUGGUCUGGAAAGGACAACAUGAAGAGAAUCCUUUCUGAUCAUGCAGAAUUAUAUCUUUGUCUCAGCCUGGCUUGAUAGCAAAAAAAGACAACCUGGAGCUCUUUUUUUUUUUUUUUUGGUUGGAGAAGGAAUGCCCAAGAAAUGAGCUAACACAACAGAUGUAGCAUGUGGAUGGUUAGAUGGGAGGAAUUGUUGCUAUUAAGUUGGAUUGACAGAAAAAGGAGGAGGCAGCAUGGAGCAACUGUAGCUUCUCAUCUUUAUGGAGCCAAGGACACUGUACAUCCAAGCUACAGUGCAGCCACGAAUCCACUCCUGAUUCCGUUUCGUUUGAUAUAUUUACAGUUCCCAGUGAAUAAAAACUUUUGCCUCAACUUGCAUCUUGGCAUCGCACUGUUAAAUAUUUAACUUCAGCCAUUAUUCAGGGAAGGUACAAUUAGCUAUUAUGUCAUUCUUUAUUCUCCUGUUUUUUUUUUUAAAUCUAAUGUUUAAUAGUUACAGUGGGAUUCGUUUUCAGCAGGGUGGGUGGGAAGUGCACGAAGGAAGACAUGACAAGUGGGUGCUAAACCAGGUUUUAGUUCAUGUCUUUUGAUAGCUAGUUUUUAAAUUCACGGUUCUCUUAAAUAAAACUACUUUUUGUUUCGGUCAGGAGAAAUGACACAUAAAAUGACCUUUUCAUCACUUGAAAGUGGGAAGGGCUUGUCCCUUCACAAGUUCUUGGUUGGUUUGAUUUCCUUUUUCCUGGUCAAAUGGUUUUGUGGCAGGAAGCAGUUACAAAUCAGACUUUCAGUUGUGUUUGAUUGUUUUACUAACAAGACAAAAGAACACUUGUCUCUACUUUUGGUUGUGUUUCGGGUUUUUUAAAAAACAGGGUUGGAAAUCCUGGCUUCCACUUUACCAUACCGCAAAUACAUUUUGACCACAUUAUUUGGGGAAGAUCACUUAAAGAAGGAAAGGGAGAAAAGAAACCCUAACCUUGAAACCAACUUUUUCUCUUGACAUCCCCGAACAUGAUCAGGGGAGCUCUUUCUUACUGAAGAGAGAGAAAAAUGGCAUUUCUCUUCCCCUGCCCCCCCUUACUUUGUGGAGAGGCAUGCCUUGGGUUUUCUUGUUUUUAUUUUCUAAAAAAGAUGCGGUUUUUACUUUUCUUCUCAUUGAUCUGUUAAUAAGCUGAACAUUACUAGGACACAGAUCUGUCUCCUAAAAAGUACACAGUAAUAUGCACCUUUUUGUAUUGUCAAGACUUAUUUAUUGAUGAAACUGUCACAGUUGUGAUGAAUAAAGCCAGUACUUCAAUUACGGGUUGACUUGGGGGUGACAUGUUACAUGUUGUAGUUAACACACUUCUAUUUUUCUCUUCAGGUAUUGCUGUCCCUGAAUGAUAAUACUUUUAUUUUUACCAUUAUUUUAGCCCCCAUCGCCACCACCUUCCUUAGAGAGCUUUCAUUUUGAUUUAGACUGGCAAAUGAUUUUUUUAUUACUGCUUUUAUAUUGCUGUAUAUUUGGGGGAGCGGAUGACAAAAAACAAACAAACAAAAUGAAAAUCUCCUGGCAUAAAUAUUUGUGUUUCCAGUACCUCAGUCGUUCUGAUGUUACUGCCUGUAUGCGUUUUUUGUGAAGUGGUCAUGUUUUUGGAUAGGUACAUGUGGACUAUGUAGUAUGUAAAUGUUACUUGAAUUUUGUGCUUAAUUAUAGUUAUGUGGCAUGUGCGUACAGCUACUUGGCAUUUGACGUAUGGAUGCUAUUUGCCUGCCCUGCAGGAAGUUUUCGAUCCCACUGUCAAGAUGAUAGUUCCACAGUUCCUUAUCAAGAGACAAAGCUGCAGCUGACCUGCCUUGGUUCUAUUUUGGUAUCUAAGAAUAUAAAGGAGUAAUGUUUUUACGCUCUGAAGAUGGUGCUGUGUUGAGGGACUUUUUAAAAAACGUUUAUUAUUUUAUAAACUUGUAGGAGGAAAGAUUGGUGAUGUGCAUGGUGGGAUUUUACUGCCUCUGGUGCUUUGUCUUGUAUUUGGUUUAAUGUUUUUUGUCCUAAUCUCUUCAAUAAACAAAAUAGUGCUUAUUUAACUAAA